AGUAACUAGCACGAACGUGUGUAAGGGAGAUAACUGCGUAUGUCUUCCCCCGUGGUACGCAAACAAGUGAGAAACCGUCUAAUUCAAAGGUUCCUUUUCACGAAAAGGCAAUGGGCAUAAUAACGUCUAGAUUCAGCAAAAAGCUGUCAACUAUUGAAACUUUGGACAAAAUUCACAAGGACAUGUCCAGACUUGAGCAAAAUCGUCGUCGUAGCCAAGUCUUGCAAAAGAGGAUAGUAGCAAGUCUCCUGCUGUAUUCCAUCUUACUGUACAUAAUUGCUGCUGUGGUCUUCUACUAUCUCUACUUUCCAAAGACAUGGCAGGAAACAUUGCUGUAUACCUUUCCACUUAUUAUCUUCCCAUUUUUAGUAUGGGGAGCAAGAAAAUUCACUCACUGGUACUUUGUUCAAAGACUAAGUGCAAGUGAACUUGCUCUGAGUGAACUUCGUGCACAGAAGAAAACAAUUCUUGAAGAAGUCAUGGAAAAAGAGACAUACAAAAAGGCAAAGGAAAUUUUGGAAAAAUAUGACCCUGCAAGAUUUAAGCAGCUAGAGGCAGAAUUUGAUGAGUCCCCUGUCGUGAAGCCAUUGGAAAAGGAGAAACCUAGUGAAGUGCCAGCACAACUUCAAGAACGUGGAACAUACCUACGUCAGCGUGUCCGAGUUCAGCCUGCAACACCAAGAAUGCCUUUGAUUAGAAGCAGCACCCCUGCUAGACCAUCAUUUAACCCGAGUCAUACACCAAGAAGUGCCAUGGGAACACCUGCUUUUCGUCCUGCUUCAGGACCACAAUUUAUGAUGCAGGCAGGAUACAGUUCACCUCCAGGUCCACCCAUGCCACGCACAGUACUGCCACAGAAACGAGGUGCAGUUGACAAAUUGAUUGACUUCAUGGUCGGAGAUGGGCCUCAGAACAGAUACGCUCUUAUUUGUCAGCAGUGUCACUCACAUAAUGGCAUGGCCUUGCCUGAGGAGUUUGAAUAUCUCAGUUUUCGCUGCUGUUAUUGCUAUUAUUUAAAUACAUCAAAGAAGAUGAGGCCGUUGCCACCUAAGCUGGUGAAUUUGCAAGGUGCAUCAUCUUUGAAGCCAUCAGCAGAGUCGGAUAAAUCCCCGAAAAAUUCUAGUGAAUGAAGUUAAAGAGGAAGCAUCAGAUGAGGAUGAGGAGUCCAGUGAAGAAACUGGGGAGGUGGAGCCUGCAGAUGACACACCAGAGUCCAAAGUUCAAGAUGUGCCCAUGCAGAAUCAGAUUGAAGACAUUCAAUUAUCGGACAGAAAAAAUACUGCUUUGGAAACUACUAGUCCACAAGAUGGGGUGGAAACAGAAGAGAAAAAGUGAUUGAGCUACGUGAAGACUUUCUAAACCACUAAUUUAUUUUAAGGCAUUUUCUCCUUCUAGUCUUCUUUAAAACCUUUUUAGAAUUUUUUGCAUGGUGUGCAAUGUCAUGAUCUAUAAUUAUUUUGUGGGUCAUAAGUCAUGUCAGACUGGAUAUAAUUAGAUAAGGACUUGAUAGAAGAAUUAAAAUAAUUUGUAAGGGAACUGUUGUCAGAGAUACAAUAUUUUUUCAUUUGUUGUCACAAUAUGGGAAAAAUAAAUAGCCAGCCUUUCAGCCUAUAAAUCAUAUUUCCAGGAAUGAACUCAAAUGUCAUAAAUGCAUGUUGGCUUAUCUGUGCUUGGAUUAAUUUAAUGCCACUACGUCAUAUCAAAAACUUAAAAUAAAAUCCCACCAGGACAUUAUGGGUACCUCUGUGAGGCAGUGCUUGAUGAUAGGUACACUGAACAGUAAGAUAUUUCAUUCAGCAGCAUUUUUCUUAUUUUUAUAUGUCUCAGGCGAGUUUUUCUAGUCUAAGAUAUUUUGGUAGAAGCAUAUUUAAAGUGGAAAAGUGACUGAAAUGUAUCUUUGUUGAUUUAUGGAUUCAAGUAGUUUUAUGAUGCCGCCUUAUUAACAAAUAAAAUUAAAUUCUUCCACAUUUUCUAUUAGUUCAGCAUUUCACAAUUUCCUGCCUUUUGGUUUUUUUUUAUCUAGUCACUUUUGUACGUUCUUGGGUCGUCUUUAUGUUCACCAUUUGUGUCCAGGCUGUCAUAUGCACUAAACAAGGGUCUCUCAGAAUAUUGUCAAUUGUUACAGACGGUUUUAGGGUAAUUUUUUGUAACAUGCCCUUCAGAAUCUUUGCCUUCAUCCUUUUGAAGCACACAAUGAUUUGACUUUUAUCACUAUAGAUAUAACUUUUAAAAUGCAUUCAGUUGCUGUCCACUCCAACAGUUUCUUCCAUCAAAGAUUUUCUGAGAGAUGCCUGUGCUAGCAUUAAAGUGUUGGCCCAGUUCCUUGCACAUUUGUUUGAAUUCCACAACCAACCUAAAGCUUAAAAAGGGAUUGAGGGUGGAGGCUGUUGAUUUUCUUGGCGUUUUUUGUAGAAUCAUGCUUUGAGAAUAUAGUUCUGUGAAAUAAAUGGUUUCAUUCUCUAUAAUACUAGCAAGGGAACAUCGUAGCAUACGGGAACAGUUGGUAUGUGCUAUAAUGUUAGUAAAGGAACAUUGCAGCAUAUGGGAACAGUAUGUGCUAAAUGAGGAGUUUCAAUUUUUGUGUUUGUGUGGCAACUUUUCUUUUGCUGAAGAGUUCACAAUAAUUUCAUGGUUGCUUGUUCUGGCAAUCCAGAGAUCCUUUGGCAACAAUGCACAGCCUUUUUGUUUUGUUUUUUUAUUAGAGCUAAAAGCACAAAAUUGCCAAUAAGCAUGAAAUUUUUAAGGACUUGAUUUAUUGCAAAACUGCAUGUAAGCUGUAAAUUCAAUUCUGUGUGUGUACACAAAGCGUUUGUGUGUGAGUGAAACAAUGUGUGGAUGGUAGCAGGAGUAUGUGAGCUUGUGGAAUGAGCCUUAGUGAUUUAUUGUAAAUAAUCGUAAUACAGAGUAGCAACAGUUAGUGGUUUGUUUGGAUAGCAUGUUUUGGAUUGACACGACCAUGUUUUCAAGGUCUAGUCAUUAUCACAUAACCAUCAUUCCUGGCCUCAUAUUUUAUCAGCAUUCCUUAAUAGAUUUUACUUGAUGCCUAAAUCGCAAAAUAUACUUUCUGUUGAUGUAAUGAGAAGUGUGCCUACAGCUGAUACAUUGUGAUGUCACUAUAUUGUGAGAAAUUUAGGGUUAUUUUAAUGAAUGAUAUAUAUCAAACAGUAGUAGUGUUGGUAUUUUGCUGCACUUUGUGAGUUCAUUGCUGUUUAAAACAAUGUUUGCAAUGGAUGUUAGGGACAAGUAAUAGAUUUUGUUGUAUGGUAAUUUUGUUUGAUCGUUGCAAGCCGUUCUGGCAACAUGUAGUGACUUUCUUUUUAAAUGGUGCUGCCUCGCUCCCUUUCUUUCAUCUUGAUCAUGUUUAUCUCACGUUAUUUGUGUGCUUCUCUUUCAUAAUAUGUGGGUGGUUGCAAUUUACACAUGGGAACAUAGUGGACAUGCGCUGUGGCAGCACUCAGGUGAAAUGCUUUGCGGCGCUAACCUGACCGUGACGCUCCUUUCAACCAUAUGAUGCUGCCCUAACCCCAGUCAUGUCUGAAGCGGGGGCCACUGACCGUUUCGCUGAUGGUAUGAAGCGCACUUCCAUGACAUUUUCUCUGUUCUCCAACUUCAGCAACAGGAACAGCAAGGUUCACUCCCACUUUAUAACGGUCUUCCGUCCGUGACCCCCCAACAUUUGGUCAAGUCCCAGACUUUGACAGUUUUGUCUCCGUUUAUACUUUGGUCUCACAUGAUGCCCAACGCCAGGUGCUGACCCUUGACCUUAGUCACCAAGAUGCAUUUACUAAGCUGCAGGCAACCCUUCUCUCCACCCUCUCCCCCAUCUCUCGUCUCCGCCGAAACAGUAUGAGCACAACUCAGGAAAUAAAACUCCUGCUUUGCUUUUC